GAGUGUAGCGCGGACGAGAGAGCGCGUGCAGCGACGCAUCGCAUCGCGCCGUCGUGGUCGGCGAACUUCAAGCGAUCGAAUCGCGGCUGUGUGUCGCGUCGCGUCCCUCUCGGCACACGCUUAACCGUGUAAACGCCGCGUAAACGAGGUUUCUCCCGGCCGUCGUUCCCUUCCGCCGACGCACCCGGUCGUGCUGACCAUGCCAAGUGUCUACGGAGAGUCGCGCGGAACACGUCGCGGGUGGUACGCACGCACUUAGUUGAGAAUCAGGCGGUCGAGAAACCGCGGCUCCGCAAAGAGGCACCCCUCCCCCCUCCCCCUCCCGUGUGUGCGCGCGUUGUGUGUGUGUCGUGCGAGUGCGCCCCGUGCGAGAGGCGAUUCACCGCGUGCGGCGAGCUUCGUCGUCGGGAUUACGCCGCUCGCUAACGCUUUGUUGAUAUUUCCGAAUGUCACAGGCCCUGCGGCGCCUAUGCAUAUCUCCAGAAUUUGGACCGUGUUCUAGAAUACAUUAAAGAUAAAGUGCUUGGUUACAUUUGGUUGGUUUACUAAGUAGCCGCAAUGUCUGAAAUAAUAUACCCACAAGGGUGCAGGUCAGUCACCGAAGAUUUAGGUCCGGACGAGCUAAUCAGGAGACUCAAGACACUAGCGCACACGCUGCAAGCUAUGGGACAGGAUGAGGGAAUGUACCAGCAGUACAUACCGCUGGCGUUACACCUGGCGGAGGAGCACUUCCUGAUGCAUCAGAGCAAAGAUGUGCAGCUACUAAUUGCCUGCUGCAUCGCGGAUGUCUUGAGAGUUUACGCGCCAGAGGCCCCUUACAAAGAUGCCGAUCAGGUCAAAACGAUAUUCCUGUUCCUCAUUAAACAACUGGCGGGCUUAAAAGAUCCUAAAGAUCCCGCUUUCAAGAGGUACUUCUACUUGCUUGAGAAUUUAGCUUACGUCAAGUCGUUUAACAUGUGUUUUGAGCUCGAGGAUUGCCAAGAGAUUUUCUGCGCACUGUUCUCCCUUAUGUUUAAAAUUGUGAAUGAUGAACAUUCUGGCAAAGUUAAAAGCUUCAUGCUGGACGUUCUGUGUCCACUCAUUACCGAAUCGGACAUCGUCAGUAACGAACUUCUGGAUAUCAUACUCAUGAAUAUUGUAGAGCCAAACAAAACGCAAAAGAAGAAUGCGUAUUUGCUCGCUAAAGAGCUGGUAAUCAAAUGUAGCGAUACAUUAGAACCUUAUAUUCAGGCGUUUUUCAAUCAUGUCUUGAUACUGGGCAAGGAGGAGAAGAGCUUGCAAAUUUGCAAAAAGGUAUACGAUCUGAUCUACGAGUUGAAUCACAUAUGUCCGAGUGUCUUGCUGUCCGUCCUCCCGCAACUAGAAUGUAAAUUGAAAUCCUCGUCUGAGAACGAACGGUUGGGCGCCGUGGCGUUGCUGGCGAGAAUGUUCUCGGAAAAGGGCUCGCAAUUAGCUGUACAGCAUACACAGUUAUGGAGGGCGUUUCUGGGACGGUUUAACGACAUCAGCGUGUCCAUUCGUAUUAAGUGCGUGCAGUAUUCAAUGCAUUUCCUGCUAAAUCAUCCCGAAUUGAGAAAGGAUAUCACGGAUACUUUGAAACUGAGGCAGCACGAUGCCGAUGAGAGUGUACGCUACGAAGUCGUUAUGGCUAUCGUGACGACCGCCAGACGAGACUUCGAAGUUGUGUCGGACAGCGAGGAUUUACUCGAAUUUGUCAAAGAAAGGACCUUGGACAAGAAGUUUAAAAUACGGAAGGAGGCAAUGUCCGGCUUAGCUAUGAUAUACAAGAAACAUUUGAACGACGCCGACGUGCCGCAGGCCACAAAGAAGGCGGUUAUCUGGAUAAAAGAUAAAAUAUUGCAUGGCUAUUACAUGGCGGGCAUGGAAGAUAGACUGCUGGUGGAGAGAUUGCUGAAUACGUGCCUAGUACCUUAUCAGCUGCAGGCUGAAGAGAGAAUGAAAAAAUUGUACCAUCUCUUAGGUACAAUCGAUGAUCACGCCUCUAAGGCUUUCGUGGAACUUCAGAAACAUCAGCUUGCGGUGCGAAGAGCAGUGGUUGAAUGGAUAGAGAUUGUGAAGAAACCGGACGCUAAAAAUGAGUUAGUGACGAAGAUUCAUCAGAUAUCGCGCUUCCUGCCGGAUCCCAUGAAAGUACAGGAGUUUCUGCAAAAGUUUAGCACUCAUAUGAAAAAAGACAACAGAUUACUACUGGAAAUGGAAACAAUUGUGCAACCAAAUGUCUCUUGCAAGGAAUGUGCUGAAACAAUAACGAAGGUUCUCAAAAAAUUAGGACAGCCCGUUAUGACUAAUCUAUACUAUAAUACAAUCAAGAUGCUGCUCGAAAGAGUAAGCUCUGUCAUGAUUGACGAAGAAGCUAUUCGGGUUUUGAUCGGAUACGUCUUAGACUGUUUGAAGGGAGGUAACGUGAUAGAGGAAGUCGGUCUUAAUCCGAAUAAUGCAGGAGAAAAAGGAUUAAGACUAUUAGUGAUGCUCUCGUUUGUAUUCGGUCCGCAUUUCUUGCAUAACGAUAUCUUGAUGCAACUCGUCAAUUUGCUGGAAUUAGAAGACGAGAUGGUGGCACCGUUAGUUCUCUCUAUCUUUACGUUCCUUGGAAAAUAUAAACCUCUAUGCGACGUGGCACCGGACAUUAUGAAUCUUAUGGUGCCGAUAUGCAAGAACUUCGCCGAGACGGGAACACCGAAGCAGGCGAAGCAAGCCGUGAGAUGUUUGUUCGUUAAUAUGACCAAUAUUCACGACACCAUCUUCCCCGAGAUCAUCGAGAGAAUUAAGAACACGCUGACGCCAACAUCAGAAUAUUAUCGGACGUCUAUAGUCACGUUAGGUCACAUAGCGUAUAAUUUGCCAGACAAAUAUCAAGUACAAAUAAAAAAUAUGGUGUCCAGGAAAAUAGUUAAAGAAUUACUAGUGAAGGAAAGCAGCGAGCAAACCUCCGAGGCUAUCGAGGGAGAUUGGUGUAGGGAGGAUCAAUUACCCGAAGAGACACGAUGCAGAUUGGAAGGCUUGAAGUGCAUGGCGCGUUGGUUGUUGGGAUUGAAGACUGACGUACUCUCGGCGCAAAAGACAUUCAGGAUGCUGAAUGCUUUUAUGGUGAACAAAGGUGAUCUGCUGUCACAGGGACGCUUGAGCAGGGCCGAAAUGAGCUGGUUGCGAUUGCAAGCCGGUUGUUCAAUGUUGAAGAUAUGCGAACAGAAAGGCGUAGGCGAUCAAUUCACUGCGGAACAAUUUUAUAAUCUCUCGCAACUGAUGGUGGAUGAAGUCCCUCAAGUCAGAGAAGCUUUUGGCAGUAAACUGCACAAAGGUCUGGGAAGGGGAAUUCCAAACAAAUGCCUACCGCUGGAUUUCAUGGGAUAUUACGCUCUGGCUGGCAAGGAACAAGACAAGAGAUUAAAGUGUGUACUGAAGACAUAUAUGCAGACAGACAUAAACAAAAGAAGGGAUUACGUGAAGACUCUUUCAUUGGGUACUGUCGAGCGGGCCAUGGAUCAAUUGCCUCAUAUUUUGCCGGAUUACAUGCUGGUUUUCGCGGUACCUAUUCUCGCGCAUGACCCCGAAUUUACGAGUCAUAUUAUGGUGAGCCAGUUGAAGGUUAUUCAACAAUGUCUUUGGUUCAUCUUGGAACCUCUCAUCACGAAGAAUGAAUAUUAUUGCUACGGAUUUUAUAAAAAUCUCGUGGAACGCAUGAAGAGCCACAAAGACGCAUUGAAGCCCGAGGACAACGAAAUGAAUUAUAAAUUGUGGGCUGUUUGUGACUUGGCGAUGAAUGUAAUAUACACCAAGACUACUAAUUUCGACAUGAAGGAGUUUCCGAGCGAAACGCGGAUUCCUACAAUGUAUUUCAAACGGGCAGACGAUGUAGUGCAUAAUCAGAAGAAUUACUUACCUGCGGAAUUACAAGUGAACAUGACGACUCCGAAAGGAAAGGGAUCAUUCCACAAUACACACACGGUUAAUGAGAGACCACAGCGCAAGACUAAAUCCAAACAGCAGAAGGAAGUGGGCAUUGGGCCUAAUGAAACAGACGCAAGGCUGCAAGUUGGAGAAGCGGAAUGUAUCGAUGCACAGCCUGCGGAAGCAUCAGAAACCAGGAUUCAACUGCCUGGUUUAGAAGAAGAGAUCGAGGAACCACCGGCGAAGAGGGCAUUAAGGGAGUCGGAUAAAGUAAAUAAAUAAUUCAGUGAUCGGACUAUACCCGGGGAACACAUUGGGACGGGGAAAGACUUAAAGAGCAUGCUGAUAAGAAAAUUAAAAGUCUAAAAGAUACUUUACAAAUUAGAAAACAGAAUAUUUUGGUUAUGUAUAACAAUUAAUAAACCUAAGUCGUUCGUGUAUUUCUAGAGUGUAAGAUGUUAAGAUUAUGACAGUAACGUCAGGCUUAUAAUGCAAAGAGUCCUCUGGACUUGCAACUUGUGAGCAAGAAAAAAAAAGAAAUAGAACGAAAAGUUUAUUAAUUCUUCGCAGAUAUAUAUGAAUCCAUAAUUAUAUUUGUUCUGUUCACAACAGAUUGAAUUACAUUUCGUAUUUUUCGCUUGUUACUUUUACGAAUGAUAGAAUGCAUUAAGUAAUUUAUGAUUAAAAAAAAAAAGAAUUUUCUUCAAAUGUGGUGUAAAGCCAACAUGAAAACAUUUUAUAAAUUUAGUAAUUUAUCGUUUUUUUCGGGAUCUGAGCUCUUAGGUCUGGUUCCACAAAUAUAAGAUCAACUUUAAUCUCGGUUUAACCUACUAUUUAUCUCUCUCUAAUUCUUAGAUUAAAAAAAGAUAAAGCGAGUUGAACUUCGGUUAAAUCGAGUUAACUGCGAAUUGUGAAACCGGGCCUUGUUCGGCCAACAUUCACCUUUGAACUAUAACAAAUGUAUAUGACCAUUUCACUUUUAAAAGUGAAACAAUGACAUAAAUUUUUUUAUAUCUC